AUGCCUGCUACUUCUGAAAAUAGCAACACUGCCAAUCUUGCGAGCGACUCUUCCCCUACAAUCGCAAACUCAGGGAUCAUUCAGAAAUGGCGUGAAGACGCCCUCGAAGCUAAGAGAGAAAUUUUACGUUCAGCUGAAUUCAAAGAUAACGAAGCAAAUCGCCCUGUAUAUCAUGUAAGUUUCGAGCUGAUCGAUGGAUUUAGGAGACUUAUCGUAAGAGGGUUUCGGAUGCUUGGAAAUAAAUUACUCGAGGAAUGCGAGCAAAAUCGGAGGACAGGUUCCUUCAUUAUCUUAGCAGGCACAUCGGAAUUUUCCUUCAACCUGAUCGAAGAAACUCGAUCUGGACCACCUGUCGUACAUGAACAGUCGAUUGACGAGGAAGCAAAUGUUUUAUACCAUACUGAAACCCCAAAAGAAGCCUUUCUGGAUUACACUCAGAGUCAAGAUCCGACUUCUGAUGCUAUGAGAUCGUUAGCAGAUGAGUAUUAUCUCGUGGUCAGUCAUUCUGAACAAAAAGAGCAGGACACGAGAAGUGCAGUGAGAUGUCUCAGUACGACUUUUAGGAUGUUGUGA